AUGGAUAGUGAAGCUAUGAAAAAUCAGAGAAAGAAGGAGUUGGAAGAGAAGAAAAAGAGAAUUGCAGAGUAUAAAGAAAAGAAUAAAAAUGUGGGACAGAAACCAUCAUCUUUAUCAUCACCAACUACCACUGCAGCUGCAUCACCAUCGCCAACCUCCAAAGGAAUGGAUUUCGACAGUCUAAUGGAUUCCAUUCACCAAAUGGUACCAUCACCAGUCGCCACUUCACCAACACAAACAGAGCAAUCACAACAAGUUCCAGAAGACAUUAAAUCACCUGCAGCUGAUGAGAAGAAAUAUAAACCAGUUUUAACAGUACAAUCAUUGGUUAUAGAUAUCGAUUUACCACCAAAGGAGAUUCCAAAAUAUUCAAAGGGAACUCAAACUAUUGAUCCAGAACCAUUGACAGAGGAGGAGAUUGCUGCGAGAUCAGUGCAAUCGACUCCAUCGAAAUCAAAGUUGAAAUAUCAACCUUCAUUCCUCACACAAUCACAAUCACAGAUGCAACAACAGCAGCAGCAAUCCUCGAAUCAAGGAACAGAUACAGCGAUACCAGAGGCUGCAGAGGAAUCUUCAUCGUCAAACGAACCUGAAAUUAUAGUGUUGAACGAUCUCGACAAGAGCAACAUCUUGGAGUCUGACUCUUUCAAAUCGUUCUUCUCCAGAACCUCCAAAGUAAUUGAACGUGCACUCUGUCUUGAUGAUUCAAUCGAUAUUUUAGUUGACUAUACUAAAUCUGAUGAAGAGAGUAAAUCAUCAUCUAAAGAAUUAACAUUGAUUGGAACAUUACAAGAUGAAAGAUGGUCGAAACAUAGAUCAGUUACCGAUAUCAAUUGGUCACCUAAACAUCCAGAGUUGGUAGUGACAUCAUACUCUGCAAAUGAGGCAGGUUCUCACGACCCAGAUGGAGUUGUCCUCGUUUGGACUGUAAAUAACUAUUUCCAGAAACCAGAAUACGUUUUCAAUUGUCAGUCGCCAGUGAUGACAACCUUCUUUUCGAGAUAUCAUCCCACUUUGAUCGUUGGUGGUACAUACUCUGGUCAGAUCGUUGUUUGGGACACCCGUUCCAAGUCGACACCAGUACAGAGGACACCGCUCUCGUCAGUCGGACACACCCACCCCGUCUACAGCAUGGCCGUCGUCGGUUCGGCAAACGCCAACAGCUUAGUAUCGAUCUCAACCGAUGGUAAACUAUGCAGUUGGAGUCUGGACAAUCUCUCACAACCCAUUGAAACACUCGACCUCAACUCUCGCGCCAACACCGCAACUGUCUCCACCACCACCUCGAUCGCCGUGACAUCGCUCGUCUUCCCCGAGACCGAAAUGAACACAUUCUACGUCGGUACCGAGGAAGGUGUUAUCUAUCAAGCACAAGCACACGGUGCCAAAGCUGGUGUCAACGAGCGUUUCAAAGCACAUUACGGUCCGGUCACCUCAAUCGACUUCCACCCACCCUCACGUAACAGCUCAGAGUUCUCGAAUCUCUUCCUUUCAUCGUCGACCGAUUGGACAUGUCGUUUGUGGUCAUCGAGCAAGCCAGAUCAACCUAUCUACUCGUUCGAAGACUACACCGAUUACGUAUUCGAUGCACGUUGGUCGCCAGUGAAUCCAUCGAUUUUCGCAACCGGUGACGGCAGUGGACAACUUGCACUCUGGGACUUGAACGAAGAGACCGAAGCACCGAUCUUCCGUGCCAAGACAUCAUCUCGUUCACUCAAUCGUCUUUCAUGGUCUGCCGAUGGUAGACGUCUUCUCGUUGGUGACUCUGGUGGCCAACUUUCACUCUAUGACUCAAGUCAAUUCGCAUCGCCACAAGUUGACGAUUGGACAAAAUUCGGUGAAGUCAUCAACAAACUUACAUCAAAACCACUCAGUCUUCAACAAGAUUCACCAAUAUUAGGAUCAAACUUACAAUCGUCCGAACAUGAUUAA